AUUUUGAAUUCCAACCGCCAAAAAUAACCGAAGAAGAAGUAGAAGAAGCUUCAUUCAUACUCAGCACGUUUGACAGUCCGGUUUAACAACAUGGACUUGGCGUAUGGUCCGUUGGGCCUGGGUCUCGUCGCAGGACUCGGCUGUGGGCUCCUCCUCGGCUGGCACCUUCGGGCUCGCUUGGGCCAGACAUCCAAAACCGUGAUGGCAGCGAUGGGGAAUGGCACCGGUGAAGCAAGUGUGAUGGGAGAAGGCGGCGAGUUCAAGAUGAUCCUGGUGGUGCGAAAUGACCUGAAGAUGGGUAAAGGGAAGGUGGCUGCCCAGUGCUCCCAUGCUGCUGUGUCGGCUUACAAACAGGUUCAGCGUAGGAACCCAGAGCUUCUCAAACAGUGGGAGUACUGCGGUCAGCCCAAGGUGGUGGUGAAGGCCCCCGAUGAGGACACCCUGAUUGAUCUGCUGAGUCAUGCCAAAGAAGUGGGGCUUCCUGUCAGCCUGAUUCAAGAUGCAGGAAGGACACAAAUUGCGCCUGGGUCACGCACCGUGCUGGGCAUCGGUCCCGGCCCGGCUGAUCUGAUCGACAACGUCACCGGGGACUUAAAACUCUACUAGAGCCUGAGUUUACGUCAGUCUGACUUGCAUACAACAUCUUAGUUGUUAAAGCUAUUUGCAAUGGAAGCUAAGUUGGGCGACCAGGAGUUUAUAUUUUUUUACACAACAAUAGUUGCCUCGAUUACAUGUUAUUUACUUGAAUUUUUCGGUGCAGUUUUUGACACAUAUGCCUAUCACAUUUGUUGAAAAGCAGUAAUAGGAGGUUGAUGUGCUUUACUUUACUGUGAUGGUAACAAAAACACCCCAGACACUGUGUCUGAGGACAUGAUGAUCAGAGGAAACAUGAAAACUGUUGUUGAUCUCAUUAGAACCCCGACAAAAUAAAAUAACAGUAGCGAUUUGUGUUUUUUACUGCAGACAUUUUGACUUUCAGGAGAAGCACAGGAGUUACUAUUAACAUUAAAGAUGGCUUGGUACCAUUUAGUGUCAGAGGAAGCCAGUGAAGCGAGCUAGUAUGCAAAAUAGCAGUGCCUUAACAUUGGCUUGUAUAAAUGAAAUGCUGUUAUUAAUGUUAUUGAUUACACCUGUGUUUUUCUGAAUUAAGUUUGUUAAUGCUGCAAAGUAUUUAUUCAGAAGACAAUGAAGGUCACACACUGCCAUGAAUGAUCUGAUCUGACAUUACGCUGCAGUACAGCUGGUUAAAUUGAUGUCAUUCAUAUUGUAGUUUGACUGGAAGGCUUUUGGAUUUUGUUAAGAAAUUCUGAAGUGUUUUUCCUGGUAUUACAUGCUGCUUUACAGUUGAAAUUGAAGCCUGGAAAUGAACUGAAGAAAAAUUUAAAAGCAACACUCUUUUUUGCUUCAGUUUUUUCACAGGUUUGAGUUUAAGAUCCAAGACUUAAAACACAAAACACGAAUCAUGUACUUAUCAAUAAACAGAAACAUGUCUCAUCUCCCUCCUUG